UUUUCAUAUCUGGGAACGGCAAACUGAAUGGUGCAAUAGUCCUCUAUAUAAACUCAUUGCUCUUAGCUUUGUUUGCACAGCAGUUUUGAUUAGAAAUUAACCUGAUCGAGCUAUAUAUAGUAGUACUUAACUAGUAAGCAUGGCUGCUUUUCAGUCGUUUGUAGUAUGUUUCAUAGUUGCUUUUGCUGUUGUUGUGAGCCCAACAUGUGCGAAACUCAGUCCUGAUUUCUAUGCCAAAGUGUGCCCUAAGGCACUGCCUGCAAUCAGAUCAGUUGUGCAGAACGCUAUUUUUCGUGAGCCACGCAACGGCGCAUCACUACUACGCCUCCAUUUCCAUGACUGCUUUGUCAAUGGUUGUGAUGGAUCAGUUCUGCUAGAUGACACAGCUAACUUUACUGGCGAGAAGACGGCCUUACCAAAUUUAAACUCACUCAGGGCUUUUGAUGUGGUUGAUGAAAUAAAAACUGCUGUUAACAAAGCUUGCCGUCGCAAUGUGGUCUCAUGCGCAGAUAUCUUGGCUGUAGCAGCUCGUGACUCUGUCGAUAUUUUGGGAGGUUCUUCCUACUACUACAAAGUAUUGUUAGGUAGAAGAGAUGCAAGAAAUGCAAGCAAGAAUGACGCAAAUAACGAUAUUCCUUCCCCGUUAUUGAACUUCACUCAGCUUCUCUCCAACUUUCAAGCUCAUGGACUAAACUUGAAAGACCUUGUUGCCCUCUCGGGCAGCCACACCAUUGGACUCGCUCGGUGCAUCGCCUUCCGAGGAAGGAUCUAUAACGAUACCAAUAUUAACCCUGCCUUUGCAGCCUCUAGGCAGCAACAGUGCCCUGUAACUGGGGGAGAUAACAACACAGAGCCGCUUGAUGCAACUACGAAGAGAUUUGAUACAGUGUACUUUAGGUCUUUGAUAAAAUCAAAGGGUCUACUCCAUUCCGACCAGGAGCUUUUCAAGGGUAAAGGUAGUGAAAGCGAUAAGCUGGUGCAGCUCUACAGUACCCACCCCCAUAAUUUCGCCAGAGACUUUGCUGCUUCCAUUAUCAAGAUGGGUAAUAUCAAACCUCUUACUGGUAAUCAAGGAGAAGUUAGGUUGAAUUGUAGGAAAGUCAACUAAAAGUACUCUUCCUUAAUUAAUUCCCAUGAAAAGAGAACUGGAAGUUUGUUGCUCAACCUUCUCAUGUCUCAUUUGUUAAUUUGGUGAAGUCCUACGUGAAUAAGAUGUAAUUUUAACUAGUCAAAUUAAUGCUUUUCCUUGUGGUUGGAGCUGCUGUUGUGAUUUGUUCAGUCCGGCGGCCGCCCUUGUGGCAUCGCUGACUUUUUGUGAGGUUUUGUUCUACUUGUUCAUUGUUAAUGAGAGAGCAAAUUAAGUGUAUUGAUUCUACUAUAUUGUUUAGUAUUGAGAAAAUAAUGAAACAACAAUAUUUAUUGUGAUUCUA